AAAAAAAGGGACGCGCAUCAGCCCUUCUCUUCUCUGACUCGUCACUCAUCUCUCAGCCCUCGCGCAACAGUGGUGGAAGCAGGCCCCGGCGUGACUCACGGCGGCGACAGCAGCGACCAACCCUUCUCUCUCAUCACAUCUCCCUCAUCUGAACUAAAGGACGCAUUUCGGAACAAAUCAUCAGUGGUGGAAGAAGGCGCCGGCGUGACCCGCGGAGGAAGAACGCUAGUGGCGACGGAGUAGAAACCCACGGCGGCGGCGAGCAACCCUUCAGUCAGUGGCGCAAGAGAUUUGGCUUGGUGCUCUGCUGUGUUGGAACUGCAGUCUAUAUUAUAGUAUUGUGAAAUUGGAAGUCUGAAUUGAACUGCAGUGUAUAGUAUUGUCAAAUUGAACUGCAGCGUAUAUCAUAGUUUGGCAAACAUGUCCUCACUCCGAAACUCCAUUCCCAGUCGUGCUCACAAAGAGCGUUCUCAACCGUCAGCGAGGAAAAAAUUCGGCUUGCUCGAAAAGCAUAAGGACUAUGUCCAACGUGCUAAAGCAUUCCACAAGAAAGAGGACACUUUACGGAAACUAAGGGAAAAAGCGGCUAAUAGAAAUGAAGAUGAGUUUUACUUCAAGAUGGUUAGAACAAAAACAGUUGAUGGAGUUCACAGACCAGAGAGUGAAGCAAAUAAGUACACUCAGGAAGAGCUUAUGCUUAUGAAGACGCAGGAUAUGGGUUACAUUCUUCAGAAGGUUCAGAGUGAGAAAAAGAAAAUUGAAAGGCAAACUGCCUCGCUUCACUCUAUUGAUAAUCAACCUGCAAACAAACAUGUUUUCUUUGCUGAGGACAGGGAAGAGGCUAAAGAGUUACAAUCAAGAUAUUCAAAAAGUGAAAUUCCUUUUUCUAUCGAUCAUAUUCCUGCUGGCAUUAAGAGGAAAACAGAUCGGUCUUAUAAAGAGUUGGAAGCAAGGAAGGAUAGACUUAGCCAAAUAGAGAAAAUCUACAUGGACAUGGCAAUGAAGAAAGAGUUGCAGAAAAAUGGUAGGAAACGCAAACUAACUGAAGAUGAGAUUGUCUGUCCAACUAGUCAACCAGUAUACAAGUGGCGUGUUGAAAGAAAGCGGUGAUUUUCAUUUCUUUUUUGCCUUUUUACUAUUUAGCACAAUGAAGAAGGAGAUUUUACAUGUAGAGGAAGCAACAACGUUCCUAGUAGCAGAAUAGAAUGUCAUAGAUGAUUACAAUUCGUUGAUCAUGUAACCAUUUUCUUUACUCUUUUGAGUAUUCUUCUUUGAUGUUGUGGCGACUAAAUUGUCAUGUUAUUGUGCAACUGUUCCAUGUAACUGUCAUAGUACCUUUCAGAAAAAUAAAUGAAAUAAAGUAAAUAAAAAUGGAAUUUAUA